AUGGGCGUAAUAACCACGAUCAGAGAGCGGAAUGCCGCUCCAACAGAGAAGACCUCCACUUCCGCAGCCUCCUCGCGGCAGACUGAGCAGAGUCCCAAAUACAUCGAUGGCGAAUCCGAUGAAUUUGAAUUCGGCGGUUCCUUCGGUGCAGCAGCUUUGAUGAUCGGCUUUCCUCUCCUCAUGUGGUAUAUGUGGAUUGGUGCCACAUACUACGAUGGCCAAUUCCCAAUGCCAGACGCCAAUCAGACCUGGGGGGAGUUCGCCCGUCACAUGGCUCACCUCGUCUAUGAGGGAGCCUUUCCUACAGCCAAGGCCUGGACACUCUACUGGACGUUCUUCAUCUUUGAGGCGCUCAUGUAUUGCUACAUGCCCGGCGUGAUGAGCCAGGGCCGACCUUUGCGCCACGAAGGCGACAAGAAACUCCCGUACUACUGUUCGGCCUAUACCAGCUGGUACGCCACUCUCGUCAUCGCUGCCGCGAUCCACGUUACUGGAAUAUUCCCCCUAUACACGCUCAUCGAUGAGUUCGGAUCUAUCAUGACUGUGGCGAUCCUCUCAGGUUUCCUCAACAGCAUCAUCGUCUACGUCCAGGCGGUUAUUCGUGGCAGGACACACCGGCUUACCGGAUAUCCCAUCUAUGACUUCUUCAUGGGCGCCGAACUCAACCCUCGAAUCGGCAUCCUGGACUUCAAGAUGUUCUACGAGGUCCGGAUCCCAUGGUUCAUCUUGUUCCUCAUUACCGCCUCUGUAGCCGCGCGACAGUACGAGACCUAUGGAUACGUCUCGGCUGAAGUUAUCUUCCUGAUGGGGGCACAUUUCAUCUACGCCAAUACAUGCGCCAAAGCCGAGCAAUUGAUCAUUACCUCCUGGGACAUGUACUUCGAGAAGUUAGGUUUCAUCCUGACCUUCUGGAACAUGGCUGGUGUGCCUUUCACCUAUUGCCAUUGCGCACUCUACCUCGCUAACCACGAGCCGUCCGAGUACCGCUGGAGUCGGUUUGCGUUGUUGGCAUUCUCUGUCGUAUAUCUAUUCAUGUACUGGAUGUGGGACUCGUCCAAUGGCCAGAAGAACUCAUUUCGUCAACAGGAGCGUGGCCAACUCAUCGAGCGUAAGGCGUUUCCCCAUAUGCCCUGGACAGUCAUCAGGAACCCACGCGUUAUCGAGACGAAGGCUGGAGACCGAAUUAUGGUAGACGGUUGGUUCGCCAUCAUACGCAAGCCUAACUAUGUGCCUGACAUGUUCUUCUCGAUGUCCUGGGGUCUUAUUACCGGAUUCAAGAGCCCCUUUCCGUGGUUUUAUUUCGUGUUUUUUAUGGUUAUGAUCAUACACCGUGCCCAGAGGGACAUUGCGAGAUGUCGCAGAAAGUAUGGAGAGGCCUGGAGCCAGUACGAGAAGGAGGUACCCUAUCUGUUCAUUCCAUAUGUCAUUUAA